AUGACCGGCCGACCACAACUCUUCACCCGAGGCCUCUCCGGCCUCUCCGGCCUCUCCCAGUCCCAGAGCGCAGACGCAAGUUCCCCCGCCGCCAGCUCCCCCGCCGAGCAGCGCGACGAUGCGAAGCGAAACUUUCUCAAGACCAUGAGGGCCUUGCCUACCCAGCAUUAUUGGGACGUCUACUUCGACAGGUCAGGAAACAUCAUCUUCGGAAGGGAGACACAAUCCAAGGAUACUGCCGCUACCACCACCGCCGCCGCCCAGACAGACUCGAAAGACGAAUACAAGACCAGUCUGGAAAAGCUGGAGACGCGCAUCGAGUCUGUGCAGGACUUUUGGCGCUACAACAACAACACCCCCGUCGACCAGAUCAAGAUGCGCGAGUCCAUCUACCUGUUCAAGUCGGGCUUCCGUCCCGUCUGGGAGGAUCGACGCAACAUCACCGGCGGGUGCUGGACCCUGCGCGUCCCCAAGGCCGUGGGCCCGGAUGUGUGGACUCGUAUCCAGCUCCUUGCCAUUGGGGAGGUCCUCGAGGGUGCUCUGGAUGAUGAUGAUCAGCUCUGCGGUGUAGGCCUCUCGGUCCGCUUCAACUCCCACCUCAUCACCAUCUGGAACCGCGACGCUUCCAAGAAGACGUCGAUCGACGGAAUCAUCGAGUGCGUCCUCGAGCAGCUGCCCGAAGAGCUCCGCCCCAAGCCCGACGCCUACUACUACAAGAAGCACGCCGACCACCCUGGCUUCAACCCACCUCCCGAGCUCAGGGCUGUUCUUGAGUCGCAAAAGAAGAAUGGGACUGUCGCCCCGUCUCCGGCCAACAAUCCUGCUGUUUCUGCUGGGGAGGCCCCCGAGGUCAAGGUUGACUCACCGCAAUGA